CUGCUUGAUGACGACACGACCCAACUUUUUUUCCUGGCCAACUCCGUCAUCCUCAACACCAUCGUCUCCGGCCUCGGGACCGUCUCCAACGUCAUCAGCAUCCUCAUCUUCGUGAGGCAGGGUUUCCGGGACACGGUCAACAUCAGCUUGUUCGGCCUGGCCUUCUCCGACCUCCUGUCGCUCGUGUCUCUGCUAUGGCUGGCCAUACUCUCCAACCCGCUGUUGAAAAACUCCGAACAGAUCCUGUUCGUGGCUCUGGACGUCCAGUACUUGACCGCGGGGUGGCCGCACGUCUGCUUCGCGCGCGUCACCGGCUGGAUCACGGCUUUCGUGACGUUCGAACGUUGUCUGUGCAUCUGUCUGCCGUUGAAGGUGAAGACUAUCCUCACCCCGACACGGGUCAACGGCUGCAUAGUGGGUAUCUUUCUCGUCGUCAUGGCGAGCGUGGCGCCUACCUACUACACCAGCCGCCUCGGGGACGUCUUCAUCGCUGAGCGGAACCGAACCCUUGUCGGUCUGGUCGUGACCCCGGACCGGGCGCAGGUGGAGAGCGUGGCUUUCACCAUCAACAACGUCGUGUCACCCAUUGGAUCGUUCUGCGUCGUCGUCGUCUGCACCAUUGUACUGGCAGUGAAACUCAGAGAAAAAACGAAAUGGAGGCAAAGCGCGACGCGCGCAAAAGAACAAGACCGAGCGGGGAAGAUCUCGAGAAAGGACCAGAAGGCUGUUAAAAUGGUGGUGGCCAUCUCAACUGUUUUCAUCGUCAGCUUCACGCCCACCACCGUCUUCUUCGCCUGGAUGGCGCACGAUCCCGCGUUCGGCGCCGGGGGCGUCUAUCAGAACAUAUUCAAUGUGGUAUUCUCCUUCUCGUUCUUGUUGGAGGCGAUCAAUGGGAGCGUCAACAUUUUCGUCUACUACAACAUGAGCAGCCGAUACAGAAACAGUUUUAUCAGGAUGUUCCGGUUCGGCAGCGGGUCAGCUGUUGGAAAAUAA